GUUUGUGCUUUAACGUCUUCACUUUCUACUGAAUGUAUUCCAGAGGUUACAUUUGAAAAAUAAGAUCCAAAUCCACAAAUAUUAAAGUUAAACUUUUACAGCUCAUCUUUGUACAACCAGAACAGUAAAGUGCAAGUAUGUACAGCUAAGUGAAAACAAAUCCAGAAAUACUCUGCUCAUAGGCCUCCUCCAACACUCACUGUUUGCUUUUAAUGAAUACUUAUUUCACACAAUAUAUGGUCUUCUCCUUUGGUGCCUCUCAACCAGUUUAGUCUAGUUUGUUAUCCUCAUUAGCCAUAAAAGACAAUGAUACAAAAAUCUUGCAGCUAUAUGAGGAGUAUGUUUAGCUGGAAAAGUGGUGUUUGCCCUUUGGCAAACAAUCCACUUUUUUGUUAUAUUAUCAGGUUGAGUGAGUCCCUUCACUCUAUAGAAAACUGGAGCAGAGGAUGGCAUUGAAUGUAUCACAUACGCCUUCAGGGUACUAUCCUUUCACCGACACUUGCUCGGGACAUUGGUGUUCACCAUGACCCGUUUUGUCCAAGUCCAAGACGUCACAUUAUUCUAAUGCAGCAGUCGGUGCUAAAUUAGUGGAUUUUAGCUUGCCAAGUGUGUUAACAUUUCCACUGUCAAGUAACAGUAAUAUGUCCUUAGAGCCGCAUUCCUAGAUCUCUUGAAAUAAAGUUACAAUCUGGAGGCAUUUUUAAGUAGCAGUAGUAAUUUGAUUGCCUGCAGACAUUUGCAUCCCCUUUCUCAGGUGAGUGUAUGGCAUUCUGACUGUCCUUCCAAAAGAGCCCAAAUAAUAUUAGCUGGUAUAGAUGUUUGAUCUUAAAAGGCCUGAGAAGGAGGGGAUGGAAAAGUCAAUAUAUAUACAAUAUAUAGUAAAUCUAAUGUCAAAUAAUGCAUCCUCUUCUUUAGUUCAUUUUCAAACCAUUUAGGACCUUCUGCUGUUUCGGGGUCAAACAUCAUUAUUAUCAUUGAUGAACAAAACAACACAGAUUUGAACGUUUUUAAACCGCGCUUCUCUGACUGGUAUUUUACACCGUGCGCGCUCCCGCAAACAGCCGGGCAGACUCAACGACUUUGCUGCUUUCAAGUUCUCCUCGGACGCUUGGCACAUCCCGAGAUGUGAUCACAACUUUCUUGCGAAUUUCGACAUUGCUACCCCACAAACUGAACUGCUAAUGGCAGAUGUCCUACUCAAAGCAUUCAGGUGGUGCUGCGCGGCCAGAAUGAAGCCAGGAGAAGGCAUAGGCUCGUAUAUCCUACUUUACAUGAUAGCAAGUCACGCCCCCUGAACGUCACACACGGGAGACAGCGAGAACAAGUUCCUGGUCGUGCGGCCGCGUUGUUAUUUGCGAGGGAACCGGACGGUCCGUUUUAUUCUGAUAUCUAAUAUUGUAUUCACGUCAGAUAAACGCAGCAAUUAGUGAGACAUAAGUGCUUUCAUGCCUACAUCCUGGGAAAAAAACAUGUUCCCACGGGACUUUGCGUGGGGAGCAGGAACUGCAGCCUAUCAAAUUGAAGGUGGCUGGCAGGCAGACGGCAAGGGACCGAGUAUCUGGGACACAUUUUGUCUCGAGAAAGGCAGAGUGUUUGGGGAGCAGAAUGGAGAUGAGGCCUGCAACAGCUACGAGCUGUGGGAGAAGGACCUGGAGUGUAUUCAGCAGCUUGGACUGACACACUAUCGUCUCUCGUUCUCCUGGGCCCGCCUCCUGCCUGAUGGGACCACACGACACGUCAAUCAAAAAGGUGUACAGUACUACAACAAGGUAAUUGAUGAUUUGCUGGCCUGCGAUGUAUCCCCCAUGGUGACGCUUUACCACUUUGACCUGCCUCAAGCGCUUCAAGACCAGGGUGGCUGGAAAUCCGCGGGCACGGCGACUCUGUUCAACGACUAUGCAAAGUUUUGUUUCCAAACGUUCGGCGAUCGCGUCAAACUUUGGAUCACAGUCAACGAGCCCUACGUGUGCGCUAAACUGGGCCACGAAGACGGCCUCCACGCGCCCGGGAUAAAAGAACCUGGUGUUGCUGCCUACCUGGUGGGCCACAACAUGCUGCGUGCCCACGCCAUGGCCUGGCACAGCUACAACUCCUUCUACAGGACGAAGCAGAAGGGUGCCGUGUCCCUGGCCAUCAACAGCGACUGGCUCGAGGCGUCCGUGGCAGGUUGCGCCGAGGAUGUCGCCGCCACCGAGCGCCAGCUCGCGUUCACGCUGGGGUGGUUCGCCUGGCCUGUGUUCGUGACUGGAGACUACCCAAAAAUUAUGAGGUCCGCCAUCGACGCCCAAAGCGAGAAGUUUGGACGCAGCGGCGGCUCGAGGCUGCCCAGUUUCUCGAAGGACGAACCGGCCGUGUUGGGGACAGCGGACUUCUUCGCGUUGAACUACUACACCUCUCGUAAAGUUGAGGCGGGGGGAGGUUGUGGAGAGGUGCUGUCCAUGAAGAGCGACCGAGAUGCAAGGGAUGUUUUGGAUCCGUCCUGGCCCAUUUGUGGCGUGUCCUGGCUCGCUGUAGUGCCCCAUGGCUUACGCAAACUUCUCAAGUACAUCAAGGACACUUUCAACAACCCAGCAGUGUACAUUACGGAGAAUGGCUUCUCUCAGGUGGGGCAGCUGCAGAUUGAGGAUGUCCAACGCUCAGAGUUUUACAAGGACACCAUCUUGGAGGUGGCUAAAGCUAUACAAGAAGAUGGGGUCAACGUCCGUGGAUAUUUUGCCUGGUCUCUGCUGGACAACUUUGAAUGGGCUGAUGGAUUCAGUGUUCGUUUCGGGUUGUUCCAUGUGGACUUCGCGGACGCAAGGCGGGGCCGCACAAUAUAUCGGUCUGGACGGGAGUACGCAAAGAUCAUCUCAAAAUUCCAAUGUGGUCAAUCCAAAUGAAGAGGCUGAAUAAAAAAAUAAAUGUCACUUCUUA